GGGCUGGAUUGUAAGGGUGGGAUUUCCAGGCUUUCAGAGAGCUCGGUGUAUUCCUGCCUCUCUGUCCGAGGAUCUAUGCGGCUUCAGCGAUAGCAAACACGGACUGGUUGUACCUUUAAUAGCCAUAGAAAGGCCUGUAUACUGCAUACCGGAUCCCUUUUCUACAUGCGACUCCAAUCGGAAUAAAUAAUUGAGGAAUGUGGAAAUUACAGAAUGCCCAACAGCGCUGGAAAGAGAUUUAAACCCACCAAAUACAUCCCAGUGUCCACUGCUGCCACACUCCUUGUGGGAUCGACCACUUUAUUUUUCGUUUUCACGUGCCCCUGGUUGACAAAGGUAAUCUCUCCCGCUGUGCCUCUCUACAAUGGCCUGGUCUUCCUCUUCGUCUUGGCCAACUUCAGCAUGGCAACCUUCAUGGACCCUGGUGUUUACCCCAGAGCGGACGAGGACGAGGACAAGGACGAUGAUUUCCGAGCGCCGCUCUACAAGAACGUGGAGAUCAAGGGCAUUCAAGUCCGGAUGAAGUGGUGUGCCACCUGUCACUUCUACAGGCCGCCUCGCUGCUCGCACUGCAGUGUCUGUGACAACUGUGUGGAGGACUUCGACCACCACUGUCCCUGGGUAAACAACUGCAUUGGGCGGAGGAACUAUCGCUACUUCUUCCUUUUCCUGCUGUCACUGAGCAUCCACAUGGUGGGAGUUUUCUCCUUUGGCCUCAUCUUUGUCCUUCACCACCGAGAGAGACUGGGAGCACUGCACACCACUGUCACUCUGGUGGUGAUGUGUAUAGCAGGGCUUUUCUUUAUCCCAGUCAUGGGACUCACAGGUUUCCAUAUGGUGCUUGUAGCUCGAGGUCGAACCACCAACGAACAGGUGACGGGCAAGUUUCGUGGAGGAGUAAAUCCCUUCACUAAGGGUUGCUGUGGCAACGUGGAGUAUGUCUUAUGUAGUCCCCUGGCACCUAGGUACAUGUUGGACCCCAGGAAAAAGCCCCAUGUGAAAAUUCAGCCCCCAUUCAUCAGACCUGACCUGUCAGAAAGGCAGAUCACCAUCAAGGUCAGCGACAACGGCAUCCACACCACCAUCAUCAGCUCCAAGUCCAAAAGCAGCCUGGACGGCCUGGACGACAAAGAAACCCAACCACCGCUGCCGCCCAAAGCUGACAGGUACAACCAGCUGAAAAGCCAGCUGACCUCCAGCGAAGAGAGUUCUCUUUCUGGUAAGACCCACCCUUCCACUCCAGCCAUGUACAAAUUCAGGCCGUCCUUUGGCACCAUGCCUAAAGUCCAUUACCACACUGCUGGAGAGAAGAUUAUCAUGCCAGAUGAACGGAAGACCUCGGCCAUCUUGGAAGAGGGUGUCCGUGGUCAUGAUUACCGAUCUGAGCCAAACCUGGACCUGCCGGAGUACACCAAUGCUCCCCUCCACCGCACCUUCCAGUCCUCCCCCCUUCAGCUGGACUCUGACCCCAUCAACUCCCGCUCUCUCAGCCUGAAGCAGGGUCACCGCCGGCCGGAGAAGGGCCAGCUCCCAGCCCUGCAGCCGCAGACAGUCACUUCCACCCCGUACAAGAGUGUCUUCUCGCCUAACACGCUCUCCAACCGUAAUGGCAGCCUGUCUUAUGACAGCCUGCUCAACCCUAGCAUCUCUCCAGCCACUGCCAGUGAGUGCGCGGCCCAUCGCGGUAUGCCCUCCAUGGGGUUCCACUCGCCCUACCUGCCCACCAAAAUGUGCCACAUCCGGGAACCUGAAAUGCAAAGGCACCAGGUUGCUCCCACCUACAGUCCAGUGAUGCCACCAAGGGGGGUGGGAAGGCAGUCCCCUCACUUAAGGGACAGGGACCCAUCCCCGGUGCGCUACGACAACCUCUCCCAGACCAUCAUGGCCUCCAUCCAGGAGCGAAAGGAAAUGGAGGAGAGGGAGAAGCGGCAGAUGCUGCAUGGGCGCUCCCAGACCCAUAUUUAUGCCCAGGACUCUGGCGUGUUUGAUGGGGGCUAUGGCCUACCCCCCAAUGCUUGCUACCCAGAUGGGCCACGUGGCCCUGGUUCCAGAGGCCCAACACCCCCGGCCUACGGAGGCUCCAGGGACAACCUGAUGGGGGUCGGGCUAGUGAGCUAUGGGCAACGAACCCCUGUGUUACGUCAUGCCGGCUCAACGCUGGGCCGCGCCCCUAGGACUUCAUCCACCUCCCUGCACACAGACCACAGUAGUACCAACAGCAGCCACAGCAGGGCCACUGCCCCAGAGGGCCUCUAUCGCUCCCCGGCCCACCAGCCACACUCCCCUGCUAUGCCCCGAUCCCCCUCCUACUCCCACCAGAAACUCUCCUACAUCAGUGCCCAUGAGAGGACAGACUCACCUCGUCUGGGGGGUCCAAGAGAGGCCAUGAAAGUUAAUGGGCAGAUGGACUGCCACCCCAGUGCCCAGGGUGCCACCCACAGCCCCAGUCGCCACAGUAAUGUCAAAAAGGUGACAGGCGUCGGAGGCACCACGUAUGAGAUAUCAGUGUGAGCAGGGACACCGCAUCCACCAACAGCGACGGCCACCCAGCUACAAAGAGAUUCUCUCCUCUUUGUUAUUUUUGUGAAGUCUAGAUAGUGGCCAGUCAGGGGCACAUAGCACUCCCUGUUUUGGAGUUAUUAUCCAAUCAGAGGAUCUGUCUGCUCCUUUGUGGGUCUGUCUAGCCAAAUGCCCGUGUAUGUUUGUACGGCAGGGGUUGGUUGUCAGUUGAGACCACUGCAGGCUUUAUGUGUGAGGAGUGUCUUGUCAUUAACAUUUUGUGGCUCAUCAUCUUGGUCGUAAAAGUGGACGGUCCGAACAGACCGUCAGUGUUAUUACUGUUGUCUCUCAGCCGUGGUCAUUAAGUGUACGGUGUUCCAAAUGUCACACACAAACUUUGCUCUGAAGGCUGAACAAAAACCCUACAGAUGAAUCCUACGCCGACAUCCUCACCGUGGACCUCUGAGAGAAGACUAGCGUCCUUUCCGACUCAGUUGACCUCAAGAAGUCAAGGUGCUUCACAUUAACUUGUACUGUUCGUGCUCAACAUAUUUAGUGUUUGGAGUUGAGAGGUGAUGGAGUGCAGAUCAGUUAGAUCAGCAACCACUGCAACUGGUGGGAAAGGAGAGGGGAAAGCCAUCGUAUCAUAUCUGGUGGUUGCAUUCCAAAUUCAUUGAGAAAGGCUUGCUUUUAAUUAAAAGUCAAAUAAACUAAGCUAAGUAAAAUUAAGUUCAUUCUUUGUCAAAAAGACAUUUCUCAGGAAUGAAUGCAACCAGCAGAGAUGCUAUUUGAUGUUAAUUCAUACAUUAUGAAUGUCUCCUUCUUUGUCUCAGUUGAGUGCAGACUUUUAGGGCUUGGGUGUAGCUUAGCCUGCUUUAUUCCGUUCGCAAGGGUGCAGUACAUCAUCACAGGCGUCUGUUUGUUCUCGUGAAGUUCAGUUUGGUGAUUUCAACAUUACCCAUGACACAAGCGCUGGGCAGAUACAUCAGCGUUCUGAAAGUAAGAAUACCUCAUCCUGACGGUUCUCACCGAGUUCAGAACGAGUCCAGCCUUGCACAACCAAAACAACUUUUCUGUUUAUGUUUUGUCUAAAAAAAAAAAAACUAAGAAAAAACAUUUGUUUAGUACGUAAGGUAGGUUUGUGUUAUAACCAUAGGAAUGGAAUUGUGAAGUGAAACAAGCCAUUGUCCCAUGUAGUAAAAUCAAGAUAACUGGUCACCCAUUCAUUAUUUUGUAGUUUUUUAAUCGGUUUGUUUCCUUUUUAUAUACCCAACCUUUCAAAAACUAUGUUUGAUACAUCUUUUUUAUACAGAUAAUUAAGCCUGGAAUGGAUGUUUUAUUUUGAGUGGUUUUUGUUGAUAAAUUAUAAAUUCAGUAAAUAAAUGAGAUUGUGAUAAUGGGUAAAAUCCAUAAAGUAAAUAUAUCUUAUUCUACCUUUGCAGUGUAAAAAAAAAAAGAUGAUGAAAUGUAACUACAAGAUGUGUGAUCUGAGGAAGUGAAAUAUUAAAGUCACAGUCUUUGACUAGUGAACAGUCACAUGAUCCACAUGUGCUGUACACAGGUCAACGGUUGGGCUCUCAAUAGAAGCUGCCUUGAGAUUAGUGCCAAAAGUUGACACCCCUUAAUUUCUCAAAGAGCGUAAACGGGUGAGUGUCACAGCGAUAUCACGCACACUGAAAAUGUCACAUCGAUUUGCAGCAGCUGUCUGGUACAGCUCCAGUAUUACCUGCUACUCAGAGUUCAAACUCAACUUUAUUUUUUUUUUGCUGUUAAUUGAAGAGAGUCUCAUAACAUUUAUUACUUUUGAUCAUAAAAUGAACUGAAAAUAUCUAGGUGGAAGGUUUUCAUUUAUAUUCAGCACCAACUGAAUAUGAAAAACAUGGAUAUAAAGUGGUGGACUUGGUCCAGCUACAUUCACAUUAAGAAUAAACCAUUGUUGCCUUUCAAGAGGAAAAGUUAUGUUUCAUACUCAAUGAAAUGUGGCUACUAUAAUUAUUGUACACUAAGGGACAGUGAAAUAACAUUAGUGUUUUUGUAUUGAGCUGGGCAGAAGUGACACUUAAGACUGGGGAAAUUUCAAACUUUUUAUCAACAGAAGUUCUGGAAGAAAGGCCAAUGUUUAAGGUAAUGAAUCGUUUUGCUUGAUUGUGGAAUUAAAUUUGACAGGAUUUUCCUUUCUUCCCAUUUGAUUCCUCCAUAGAUUCCUUUCUGCAGAGAUCAGAGUGUAAAGGCCUGUAGCUGUGGUAGAGUUGCUUUCUGACAUGGUUGGAUGUUAUCAAAACUCGCUGUAGUUGCAACCUUCUGGCCAGUAUGGUCUUCCUUUUAAGGUCUCACCCAGCUGCCUUAGCAUGAACACAGUAAUGUGAGCCUGGAUACUCUAUUUAAGUCACGUAUUUCUAAAUCGUUUAACAGUGUCUCUGUUGUAAGGCUGCGGUAUACAGGGCUACUUAUUUGCAAAUCUGAUGGGUGAGUGUCAGUGGAACAGCUAACUGGGACAUUUUGAAAUACCUGAACAGAUUAAUAGCUGCUGAGUUGCCUGAAAAUACCCCAGUCUAUCAUGACUCUCAGAGCCCCGUUUGACCACAUAUCAAAACCCUAUCGAUGUCAUUCCUCUUUAAGAUGACUGCCAUAAGUCCAAAGUUGUUUUUUGGAAUGGACAUCACUGCAGGUCAGGGACCAUUCCUGACAGUCAGCAAUGAAUCUGUUCCAUCAGCCACAAGCUGAUUUUGUUUUCUGAAACUCAAAUAGAAAAUUCAAUAUGUAUUAAAAUAUAAAAUAUACUAUAAAUGUACAUGCGUUCCUAUUUUUGUGAAGAGGAAAGAUUUCCCAAUGACCUGAGCAGAGUAAAUAAAGUUUCCAACUCUUUGAAUGAA